GCUCUAGAAAAAGACGAAAACAUGUCGUCAGACUUCCUGGUUUACGCUUUUAGCUAAAUAGUUUUAUUUUAAAAAAUUAUUUUUAAAAUAAUAGACCUAUGAAGGCUUUAUGAACACCACCGACGCACUGUCUAUAACAUCAGAAGGCUGGGCGAUUUGAACGAUCUGUAUAAAAACAAAUUGGACGUACAAGUGCUGUAACUAUGUUAUGUUAUGUAUCGCAGUAAAACAAAGUUAUCUUGCAUGUUAAAGUAAUGUACAGAUUUAUCAAUAUAUCUGUUUAAUUAGAGACUGUAACAUACCUGCUAGCUAGUAUUGUGUCAACUGCCAAGCUAAUGAGUGAAACCUAAGGCUAACUACAGAAGCACAGUUGGAAGAAUUUGUACUGGCCGUCGAACUUACACAGUAACCUAGAAUGCACCGGAGAGGAGUGGGAGCUGGCGCCAUCGCCAAAAAGAAGCUUGCUGAGGCGAAAUAUAAAGAAAGGGGCACUGUUCUUGCAGAGGAUCAAAUUGUGCAGAUGUCCAAACAACUGGAGACUUUCAAAACUCACCUGGAGGAGUUUGCUAGCAAGCACAAGCAGGAGAUCCGCAAAAAUGCACAGUUCCGGGUGCAGUUCCAAGAAAUGUGUGCCACCAUUGGAGUCGACCCACUUGCCUCUGGAAAGGGUUUCUGGUCAGAGAUGCUAGGUGUUGGAGAUUUCUACUAUGAGCUGGGUGUGCAGAUCAUUGAAGUGUGUCUGGCCUUGAAACACAGAAAUGGGGGCCUUAUUACCCUGGAUGAACUCCACCACAGAGUACUAAAGGGCAGAGGGAAGUUUGCUCAGGAUGUCAGCCAAGAUGACUUGGUACGAGCGAUUAAGAAGUUGAAGGCCAUGGGUAAUGGCUUUGGGAUGAUUCCUGUGGGAGGCUCCUAUCUGGUGCAGUCAGUCCCAGCGGAGCUGAACAUGGACCACACCGUUGUUCUGCAGCUGGCCGAGAAGAAAGGCUAUGUGACUGUGAGCGAGAUCAAGGAGUGCCUGAAGUGGGAGCGGGAGCGAGCUUGCCAUGUGCUGGACCACCUACUGAAAGAAGGCUUGGCCUGGCUGGACUCACAGGCUGCUGGAGAGCCUCAAUACUGGCUGCCUGCCCUCUUUUCAGAGUUAUCUUCUCGUGAUGUCACACCAGAAGAGGCCAAUCAGAUGGUGCCAUGAGAAAGAGGCAAGGGUUGUCUUGUGACCUUCACGUGAGCUCUAGUACUUAACCAGAGAUGAAUUCCUUUGUCACAGUUUCAUCUUAAGGUUGUGAAGUGCACCUGUUCACCAGUGGCACCCCAACUGUAAAUUUGUACGCAUUGUGUGUAUUGUACAAUUAAGAUGUGAUUUCUCUCAGUGUAAAAUUGCAAUGGAAUAAAUAUACCUGCAAGUUUACCAAA